AUGGAUAUCGCCACCAAGUCCAGCAAGGCCGCCUUCUCCAUUGAGAAUAUCUUGGAGCAGAAGAGCUCCUCGCAUCGAUCUCAGUCGCGCAGAGGCUCCUCUCAAAGUCCCGUGGCAGGAACAGCCGGCAUAGCCUCUCCACCCGCACUGGCCAUGCCCAAGGCAUCCUUGGCCACUGGCUCAUCCUCCUCUCCAUCGUCCGCCACCAACAUCUUCGAUCUAUCCCGCGAGGCAGCUGCCGCCCAGUAUGCCAUGAAGAGUAUGGAAUCCGGUGCCGUGCUGGCACCCACCUCGCUGCGCUUCAACCCCAUCUACCCGGAUCCCGCCUCGCUCUUCUACCAGCAGGUGCUGCAGCUCCAGAAGAAUCCCUCGCUCUUCAUGCCCCACUUCCAAGCAGCCGCUGUAGCCGCCGCAGCCGCCGUUCAGCCAACAGCCUAUUGUGAUCAAUACAGUCCCUUCUCCAUGGAAUGCGAAGGAUUCCCCAAUCCUGCCUCCGCUGCAGCCGCCCUCUACUGCAAUGCCUAUCCGGCGGCCAGCUUCUACAUGUCCAACUUCGGCGUGAAGCGAAAAGGCGGCCAGAUCAGAUUCACCUCCCAGCAGACCAAAAAUCUCGAGGCUCGCUUCGCCAGCUCCAAGUACCUGUCGCCGGAGGAACGGCGUCAUCUGGCCCUCCAACUCAAGCUGACCGACCGCCAGGUGAAAACCUGGUUUCAGAACCGGCGGGCAAAGUGGCGACGGGCCAAUCUCAGCAAGCGCAGUGCAUCCGCCCAAGGACCCAUAGCAAGCGCUGCCGUGGGAUCACCCUCCAGCGCUUCGAGCGGCAAUGCUCCCGUUUGCGGGAGCAGGAGUGGCCAGCAGAGCGACGAGGAGGAUCGCAUAUAUCUGUCCGAGGACGAUGAGGACGACGACGAAGACGAAGGCGAGGCGGAGGAGACGCCCAAGUGA